AGUUACCGUCCUUCAACCCUAAACCUAGAUGGAAGCGCACUUCUUUACCGGUAUUGUCGCGGUGCGUGGAUUACGACUGAAAUAAAACUAGGGUCAGUUUCCUGGAACUAAUGAAUAGUGUGCCGUUUCGUGGAUUUGAGUAGAUAGGUGGCGUAUUGUUUGGAAUCGGCUUUGUUUUCCGUUUAACGGGGAGUCGAAGGGCGGGUAAUACAUUCCUAAUCCUGUAGGUGUGAUCCGCCCGGGGAAUGAGCGUUCGCAUCUACACACUUAUGACCCCUGUUUGCACAGUUCUGUCCCCCAGUCCCCUGCCCGCGCUGUCCGGGAUUGUACUCGUGUUUUACGGGAAACGGCAUCUCUCUUGCUGAUGAGUCAAUACUGUGGUCCCGCAGACUGACAACGUAGCUGCCAGAUGUGUGUCCACAUCUGAUAUUAUAAUUACUGGGUAUUUAAUUUAUUAAUCCUAUCUGGGGCAUUAAGGCAAGGAACCGCAGUGCUGUACGAGAUGCAUUUUUAUUGCUGAAUAAUACAGUCGUUAAGCUGGACGUCGUAGUCGGAUUUAUUGCUAAUCGCGUAAAAAGCCUUAAUUUGGCUGUCAUUUAGUUAUAUUGCCGUGAGUCGAGCUCGGAAGAAUGCAGUCACGGCAGAGUGUUACGGACGGCGGGGUCCUGCGGCUUCCCGGAGACGGUGCGCUGAAGCCCGCUGACGCCGUCACUAGUGAAACGGGGGACAUGCCUGCGCCCGGGAAGGGUCACCUGAAGGCGCCGAGUCUCCGGGCCGGCAACGGGGAUGACGACUCUGAGGCCGAAUCUUACCGGGACGGGCGAACCGACGAAGUGGACCGUGACACGAAGAGCAGAGCGUACGCCUGGUGCCGGGACUUUCUCUCCGGGUCAUGGAAGUCCAUUUCAGAGGCGGACUUUCAGAUUAGUAUUGUCAGCGGUGGCCUCAGUAACCUGCUGUACCUGUGCAGCCUCCCGGACGGCGUGGCCCCCACCAAUGGGGAGCCGGAGCAGGUCCUGCUGCGGGUGUACGGCGCCAUCCUGCAGGGUGUGGACUCUCUCGUGCUUGAGAGCGUCAUGUUCGCCAUCCUGGCAGAGCGGGCCCUGGGACCCCGACUGUAUGGCAUAUUCCCAGAGGGCCGCCUGGAACAGUACGUCCCGAGUAAACGCCUGCGGACCGAACAGCUCCGAAUUCCAGAACUUUCUGCAGAGAUAGCAGUGAAGAUGGCUCGGUUCCACAGAAUGGUUAUGCCCUUCAACAAAGAGCCCAAGUGGCUGUUUGGGACCAUAGACAGGUACAUGGAUCAAAUUCUGAAGCUGAAUUUUGUCCGCGAGGCCCACGUGAAGAAGUUCAGCAAGCUGAAGAAGUACAACCUGCAGCAGGAGCUGGAGAGUCUCCGGACGCUACUCAUGGACACUCCGUCGCCAGUGGUCUUCUGCCAUAAUGACGUUCAGGAAGGUAAUAUCCUCAUGUUAGACAACAGGAAGGCCUCGUCCACAGAGAAGCUGAUGCUUAUUGACUUUGAGUACAGCAGCUAUAAUUAUAGGGGCUUCGACUUUGGUAACCAUUUCUGCGAGUGGGUGUUCGACUACACCUAUGACCAGUGGCCGUUCUACAAGGCCAAGCUGGAAAACUACCCCAGCAGAGAGCAGCAGUUGCAUUUUUUUAGAAGUUAUUUGUCUGAAAAUAGUGAAUAUUUAAAUUCCGCACAAGAAGACCAAGCAAGGAUUGAGGAAGCCAUGAUUUUGGAAACAAAUCGUUACGCUUUGGCGUCUCAUUUCCUGUGGGGUUUGUGGUCCAUCAUUCAAGCAAAAAUCUCCACUAUUGAGUUCGGCUACAUGGACUACGCAAUGAGCCGGUUUGACGCCUACUUCAAGCAAAAAAAAAACGUUCUGCUAACCUUCCCUCCCACCCCCGACAAUAAUGAAUAGAACAGGCAGUAUGUGUUAUACAUAUUCUGGAAAGUAUCCGUAGUCUGUUCUAAAGGUGUGGAUUCUGCUUAAUAGGUUAGCACUUAUCCUCUAAGUGCUUUAGAUUUGCAUAAAAGCAAAAGUGUCCCCUCUCUUCCCCCGUGCAACGUCCACAAAAACGGUUAAAUUGUUUCCCUGUGUCAGAGACGGAGAGAAGAGAAAGUCUCUUUUGGUGGUUCAGAGAGGUUAGUAUCUAGUAGCAUGAAUGCGUUCUUGGUGACCAGCUCCGUCAUCCUGUUGUGUUUACAGGCUUCACAUCCAUCUGUUUACGUUGAUUUUUCUGUGAGUGAAGGCUGUAUGAGAUUGCAGAGGACAUACGACCCUUUUUUUAAAGAAGCAAAAGUAUGAGGAGUGACAGAUGGUUUUUCGUAACUUGUUCACUCCCGCAUUUGCUUUAAAAGCCCUAAUACUGUCUAUAGCACAUUAAGCCAAAGACUGAUCUUCACCAUUGGAGUAGAUGGUGUUUCUUUCUUUUCUCCUUUGUAUGGACGUCGAAGGGUCACCGCAGUGUCGGUCCUGUAAAAACUGAAUCGUUUUCCCUGCUCUGUGUCGGCAGGCCUCGGAACAGCUUGAUAUCCAUCCCGUAGGUGCUGUUCCUCUCGCGGUCGUUCUGCUUUCUUUUAUUUAUUUCAUGCUUCACCGGUAGGUCAGAGGUUCUACAAGUGAAAUCGCUGAAGCAGGAAGCUGGUACGGCGUCACAUGACACUCUGCAGUCUUUCACAACAAAGGGCUUGUUUUGGUGGUCAGGUUCUGUGCUAUAGAUGUGAGUCUGGUAUAGGUGCUUUGGGAUUACGCUAACAUUUGGCUAUUAGCGAGUGUGCAGCGUACUCUGUGACGAGGGAUUUUGGUAUCCAAUUGGGAUAAUUGUGAAACGAUGACAUUUUUUUUCAUUACAUAAACAAAAAACUGGCUUCUGCUUUGACGUUUGAAUGUCAGCCCCUGAUCUAAUGAAUUGGCUUUGAAUUUGGGUUAUGUUGAUAAGCAUCUUCCAUCCAUCCAUUUUCCAAACGGCUUAUCCUACUGGGUCGCGGGGGGUCCGGAGCCUAUCCCGGAAGCAAUGGGCACGAGGCAGGGCACGAGGCAGGGAACAACCCAGGAUGGGGGCCCAGCCCAACGCAGGGCACACUCACACACCAUUCACUCACACAUGCCGGCCUAUGGGCAAUUUAGCAACUCCAAUUUGCCUCAGCAUGUUUUUGGACUGUGGGGCGAAACCGGAGUGAUAAGCAUCUUGCUACUGUAAAAUCUUACUGAUACAGUUCUAUGAAAAAAAGAAACGGUUGGAAACGAGGAAAGAUGUGUGAUUGCCCUCUGUUCUUUUGAUCGUGCCGCAUGUUCGGUUUCUCCAAGGAAAUAAACAUAUUUAUGUUACGUAUUCGUGUUAAUUUAUAUUCUUAUUCUAUGAUGAAAAAAGAAUGUGCAAAGUCAGAAUUUAACUGUACAGCAAAACUGCUUGUUUUCUGUCCGUAUGGCAGUAAAACCCUCUAUAAACUGCACAGACCGCAAAUACAAAUGUAGCACCUUUACAGUUAGUCCGUCCAUAUUAAUGUACUCGAUGUAAAUUCAGCGGUGAACAUGCAACAUAGACAAGUUAUUCAGCGCUAAAUAUUUCGCUCGUCUGUGGCUUCUGUGUACAACACGGAGCUGAAAUAAUAGGCGUUUCCUAAUUGCUUUAAUCUUGCACUGCCGUGGCUGAAUGAAUCCAUCAAGAUCCCGUAUUCAGUAAAUGUAAAGGGUCCAAUAUGAGGCUCGUGCACGGUGUUAGCUGUCAGCAGCAGGGUGCAUCGCUGCGUGAAGCUCGCGCAUCACACUAUGUAAAGGUAGCGCUGUCCGCGGCCGUGACGUCAGCUUUUUGAUGCACUAAUUCGGAAGGGCUUUCCUUGAAAUGGAAACCAGUGAGUGCGUGCGCGUGUAAAUCCCGGGUGAUUACUGUGUUUAAUUGCGUGUCGAAUUCGCUGAAAUUCCUAAUCGGGGCUGUUUCGAUUUUCUGGGGUGAGAGAGAUCCGUUUUGUAUCCAUAGGAAUGAUACACCAAAUAGAAGUGGUAUAGGGGCUGAGGAGUUAUGCUUCUUGAAUGGGUUUGUGUAAAUCAUGCCUCAUGAACUGCCCGUCAGAAACGGCCAAGUCGCAUGUCUUGAUGUCAAUGAAAUCUCAGUUGUUUGCCUUGCUUUUGUAAGUUUCAAUAAAUCUUGUUUUAUAAUC